ACAGCAUAGAGAAGCAUUAGGAAAUUUUAUAUGUAACUCAUGUAAAGAUAUUGAGCAAUAUCAUAAAAGUUUAGAAAAUUUGAAUUCAUUAAAUGAAUAUUAUAACAGCUUUCCUUUAGCACUUACUAACUUUUUUGAUGGAUUAGUUGGGUCUAUUGAAAAAUAUAAAAAUGCAGUUAGAGAAAGAAAACAAAAACAGUAUGAAUAA